UAAAUAUUGAAGAUAAAUGCUGCAGAUUUAAGACUAGUGAGAAAUAUAAAGGAAGCGAAAGUAUCAAUCUACUUUAAAAAAUAAUAACUUCAAUAAAAAACAGAAAAAAAUUCAUAUUGUAAACAUUUUAAUCUGCAAAUAAAAUAAAAAUAUAUUCCUUAAAAUAUGAAAAAAAAAAAUUACUAUAAUGCUUAUUAAAACGAAAGUAAUUUAGAAAGAAGAAAAAAAAUGUAUAAAUUUUUUAUAGCUUUCACAAUUAUUUUUCCAUUUGUAUAUUUUGUUAACUCAAUUAAUCACUGGGUAUUGGAUGAAAAUGGAAAAAUUACACAAAAGAUUGAUUCUCCAUUUUAUCUUCGAGAACCUAGUAAUUUAAUGGUUUUUCUAGAUCAAAUGAAACACAAUGAUAUUGUAGAAAGUAUUUAUCUAGAAUUGCUAAGAAAACGUGAAGAAAUGGUAAAGGAAAUAAAUAAUUCAAUUAAAUUUGGAUUGGAAGUUAUCGAUGAUGCAAAGUGUGCUUUAGAUUACUAUAUUGAAGGUUCCUUAACACAUGCAGUUAUAACAAAAUCUUAUCUUAAUAGAAUACCUUUAAAAAAGAAAUAUGAUAUUGUAGUAGGAAACAGACUUCCACUUUGCGGACAAAUUCCAAUCAAAUAUUCUGGAAUUUGUUGCUAUGAUCAUAUAGAAAGCAUUAAUAAAUUUAAUAAUCUUCGUAUAUCAGAGGAAGUUGAUCUAUACAAUGAUGAAUUAGAAAUAAAUACUAUACAAUUUCUUAGCAAUCUAGUAACAGGAUUAAGUGAAAAUCCUACUUCUUGGAAGUAUUAUAUUUUAAGUUCAUAUUAUUGGCGUAUGAAAGGAAAUGCAUCCGAAGCUAUAGAAUGUGCUAAGCGUUCAGUUAUGUUAGCACCAAGAAAAUUUCGUGACAUUCCAUUACUAAGCUUAGGUUCAAUAUUGUUUCGUGCUGAGAAACUUCAUGAGGCAGAAAUAUUAUUUAGAGCUGCAGUAGAUCAUGCUCCAGAAAUAGCAGAAAAUCAUUUUGCUUUAGCAACAACUUUAGCAAUGUUAUCACAAUUUAAUCGUUCUUUAGAACAUUUUGAAAUGACUGAGCAAUUAGAUUUAACGUAUUUGCCAAAAACACAAUAUUUGAAAAAUUUUCUAAAAUGCAUUGAAAAUUUAAAUAAAAAAACUGCUGAAAUGUAUAAAAAUGUGGAAUACAUAAAAGAACAAGUCAAUGGACUGAAAGAUAUGAAAAAUCAAAUAACGGCAAGCCAUGAGAAAUUAUUAGAGCAACAGGUACCAUUAAGUGUACGAUUCAAUAACGUUGAAAACUCAAAUAAAAAAGAAGAAUUGUUACAUCGUGGUCAAUUUUGUAGCACAAGUAAAAAAUCUGGUAGUGAACCUAUUGUUAGGUGUGAUUUUUAUUCUGAUCUCCAAAUGCGUUUGGAAAGUAAAAAUGUUGACAUCGAGACACUCGAAAGAGAAAUUAAUACUAAUAGCGAGGAGAUAAUUAAAAAAUUAUCAAUAGAUUUUAGUUCACAAUUGAAUUUUGAUAAAAAUAAAAAUAAAGGACAGAACACAAAAUAAAUUAGUAUAAAAUAUGUAAUAUAUUUAAAAUUAACUACACAGAGAAUUAUUUUUAUUAUUUUUAUAAUACAUUUAUCUAAUUAUGGAUUGAAUAAAAGUAAAU